GCCGGCGUUCGGGGGAGGGGUGCAGUGGCUCUUUGUCCCCGCCCUGGGGGCGGAGCCGUGGCCCGAGCCUGCCAAACGUGGUCUACAGUGCAACCCGGCCCGGACCCUCUCACUGGCUACGGCGCUCCGACCUUGGGAUUCCCGGCCACCGGCCAGCGUUGCUGUCCCUUUGGCCUCCCAGCCCUGCGUAGGCACAGGUGCACCGCCCUGCAGUGGGCCUGGCGGAAUAGGACUGCGGCAACAAUGGCGCGCGGAAACGCCCCUCGGGACAGCUACCAUCUGGUCGGGAUCAGCUUCUUCAUUCUGGGGCUGGGCACCCUCCUCCCCUGGAACUUCUUCAUUACCGCCAUCCCGUACUUCCAGGGGCGGUUGGCAGGGACCAACAGCAGCGCCGAGACCCUGAGCAGCAACCACACCAGUCCCACAGACUCUUUCAACUUCAACAACUGGGUGACACUGCUGUCCCAGCUGCCUCUACUGCUCUUCACACUCCUCAACUCCUUCCUGUAUCAGUGCAUCCCUGAGUCGGUGCGUAUUCUGGGCAGCCUGCUGGCCAUACUUCUGCUCUUUGCCCUGACAGCAGCGUUGGUGAAGGUGGACUUGAGCCCCGGGCUGUUCUUUUCCAUCACCAUGGCGUCUGUCUGGUUCAUCAAUUCCUUCUGUGCAGUGCUGCAAGGCAGCCUCUUUGGGCAGCUGGGUACCAUGCCUUCUACCUACAGCACCCUCUUCCUCAGUGGCCAGGGCCUGGCUGGGAUCUUCGCUGCCCUUGCUAUGCUCAUGUCCUUGGCCAGUGGUGUGGAUGCCCAGGCCUCUGCCCUUGGGUACUUCAUCACACCCUGUGUGGGCAUCCUCCUCUCCAUUGUGUGUUACCUCAGCCUGCCCCAUCUGAAGUUUGCCCGUUACUAUCUGACCAAGAAGCUGUCUCAGGCCCCAGCUCAGGAGCUGGAGACCAAAGCUGAGCUCCUCCAAGCUGAUGAGAAGAAUGGGAUUCCCAUCAGUCCCCAGCAGGCAAACCCAACUCUGGAUCUUGACCCUGAGAAGGAGCCCGAGCUGGAGCUGGAGGAGCCACAGAAGCCAGAAAAACCUUCAGUCUUUGUUGUCUUCCAGAAGAUCUGGCUGACGGCGCUGUGCCUUGUGUUGGUCUUCACAGUCACCCUGUCGGUCUUUCCUGCCAUCACAGCCAUGGUGACUACCAGCUCCAAUAGCCCUGGGAAGUGGAGCCAGUUCUUCAACCCUAUCUGUUGCUUCCUGCUCUUUAACGUCAUGGAUUGGCUGGGCCGAAGCCUGACCUCCUACUUUCUGUGGCCAGAUGAGGACAGUCAGUUGCUGCCCCUGCUGGUGUGCCUGCGCUUCCUAUUUGUGCCACUCUUCAUGCUGUGUCAUGUGCCCCAGCGUGCCUGGCUGCCUAUCAUCUUCUGGCAGGAUGCCUACUUCAUCACGUUCAUGCUGCUCUUCGCCAUUUCCAACGGCUAUUUGGUGUCUCUCACCAUGUGCCUGGCACCCAGGCAGGUGCUGCCGCAUGAGAGGGAGGUGGCCGGAGCCCUCAUGACCUUCUUCCUGGCCCUGGGACUCUCCUGCGGAGCCUCCCUUUCCUUCCUCUUUAAGGCGUUACUCUGAGGACCACCAAUGCUCCACACAGUCCUCCCCUCAGUCAGUGCUGCUUCUGGAGCUGGGACAUUUCCUGGGGAAGGACCUCUGCUAUACAGGGUCUCCUGGUCUGUGGGUGCCAGGAGGGGGCAGAAACUACCUUGGCUAGUAGCCACAUUGCAUAUGGUGAGGAAGAAUCCACCACUGGUCAUCCUGCCUCCAGCUAGGAGUGAAACUGGACAGAAAUGUGGAGCUCCCCGAGCUGCACAAAAGAGCCCAUGGGAAGGCAGCGAUCAGAGGAAAUCAGGCGCAGGGCCAGGGCCCUUCAUUGCCAUCCCGACUACAUCUGUUCAUCAAACCACCCACUGACCCCAGGGAGCAAAGCCACCUGUAGGUCUCACUUAGGACAUCCUGAUGGUCUCUACCUCGGCUCAGAGUGGGAACUGGGACCAGCUCCAGAGCAACAGCUUCCCCCUACUCCCCCCACAAGGCCCUGGGUAGGGCAUGAAGUGUCGUGGAUAUUGAGGGGAAGAGAAGGCUCAAAGGACUUCUGAGCUUCUGACAGUGUUUUCUCACAGCCAACACCCCCAGAAUCCAGAUGGGCCUGGCUAACAGAAAGACAGUUAGCCUGCAUGUGUUGUGCACUGCACUUUACAGUUUGCAAAAGUUUUUCCACAGCCACUCAAGCCUCUGUGAGGCCUUUGGAACAAGCUGGGCAGGGAUCAUCCCCAGGUGGGACUUGACUCGUCCACAGAAGAGCAAGGCUAUGGCCUUCAUCUCCCUCCUUGGAGGUGCUGGCCCUGUGACCCACCUCUUGCUUCUUUUCCUCAAAGGUCCCGAGGCAGGUGCCCUCAACACUUGUCUUUUCACCCCAUUUCUCCUCUGACCCUUUUCCUGCAUCCAAUAAAAACUGCUUUCUAUGAUGGAUGCUUGGA